GUUACAUUACGGUGUUACCAGCACUGCUGUCACUAGGUCGAGGGUCGGGACGAACAGCUGCCUUGCCUUCCCUGGGAAGCAGUCCCACCGGCUUCGCUAAAUGAGGGCCGACUAUAGGUCUAAAUGGCGGAUGCUCGGGAAGAAAGGGAGAAUGAAAUGCUUGCUUUAGCAAGUAUUUACGACGAAGACGUUUUCCGCAGGGCUGAAUCUGAUGAUCAGGGUGAAGUACACUUGUGUCUGGAUCUUCCUCCUGAUUUCAAGUUGGUUUUCCAGGGAGUGGAACAAACACAUGCUAUCUCUUUCUUGCCUCCUUUUGUACUGAAAUUUGAGCUACCUGAGGAUUACCCAUCAUCUUCCCCACCAAUCUUUACACUAAGGUCCAAAUGGCUACAAAAGACCCAGCUGUCAGCACUCUGCAAGCGCUUGGAUGAGCUAUGGGAGGAGAACGAGGGCUGCGUCGUCCUUUUCACUUGGAUUCAGUUCCUGAAGGAGGAGGCGCUGGGCUUCCUGGAGAUCCAGUCCCCUCUUCUGGUGGUCACGCAUGGCAAUACUCAACACAAGAGCAAGGCCACGGGGUCAAGCACAAAGCAGGAAGGAGUCACGCAAGAGGAUACCCCAGACAGCUGUCUUGACCCCCGUGCCAUUGUUGACCUGGACCAUGAGCAUGACCUCGCCGCCCAGCUUCUCGACUUCAACGAGGAGCAGUGGCAGAAGGUGUUCAAUUUGAAGAUGUUGAACUGUGGCAUUUGUUUCAUGGAGAAGCUGGGUGCAGAUUGUCUAUACUUCAAGAUUUGCAAUCACGUCUACUGCAACGAGUGCAUGGCUGAGUACUUCACCAUCCAGAUUCGAGAUGGAAAUGUUCAGUGCCUUUCCUGCCCUGAACCCAAAUGUACCUCUGGCGCCACGCCUGAACAGGUGAAAAAGCUGGUUGGAGAGGCCGAGUUUGCCCGCUACGACCGCCUCCUCCUGCAGUCCAGCCUCGACGGCAUGCCAGAUGUUGUGUACUGUCCUCGCACAGUGUGCCGAACGGCUGUUAUGCUGGAGCCGGAGACCAAGUUGGCCAUCUGCCCGGCAUGCAAGUUUGCCUUCUGCCACGUGUGCAAUAGGGGCUACCAUGGCGUGUCUGCCUGUGAAGCUAAGAUCGAGGACCUUUUAGCCUUGCGUGAUGAAUACCUCAGUGCCAGCCCCGACGAGAAAGCGUUUAUGGAGCAACGCUACGGGAAACAUGUGAUCCAAAAGAUUGUGGAGGAGUCCUACAGCAGAGAAUGGCUGAAGGAUAACUGUAAAAGCUGCCCUUUCUGUGGCACAAACAUACAGAAAGUCGAUGGCUGCAACAAGAUGACUUGCAGCAGCUGCAAGCAAUACUUCUGCUGGAUCUGUCUGAAUAUGCUCCCCAGAGCUGACCCCUAUGGCCACUUCAGAAACCGCUCCUCGCCCUGUUUCAACCAGCUGUUUCAAGGAAUGGAUGUGGACGACGCACAAGACGAAGGUUUUUGGAUCGACGAAGAUGAGAUCUAGGAUCUCUGUCCCUCACUCUUUGUGGAGACACUAACUGCACUUUACCCAGUGUGCCAGAGUUGAGUUUCAUAAAGCAAGCUAAGCAAAUUGCUCACAUGGAGUUGAACAAGAAAAGACUUUGAGUUCAAGCCAGGAUUAUUUUAGUUAACUUUGUAAGACUCUGUUCCUAAUACCCAGGUGUAUUCCUAGACUUUGCUGCUGCUCCUCACUUUCUUUUUUUUAAACCAUGAGUGGUAAAAUAUCAUGUUGAAGCUAAGGGAUGCUCUUUGGAGUAAACCAAGUUUUAUAAUAGAGGUUAUGGUGGAUAGUUAUGCUUUGUGACAGACUACACUGUUGUACCCAGUUGUUUGUUCAAAACACAAUCAGUUUGGUUCAACAUAUCUCAGUUUUUCCAAAGAGGUUACAGUACAAAAGUAACUGAGAAGUAUCAUGUGAUGAACAAAGGAAAUAAUGAUUUUCAACGCACAUGCGUAAUUGCUUCAUGGAUUAUCCUUUCAAUGAAUUAUAUGCAAAUAUAUGUUUCUGUAUUUUCAGGGAUGUUGUGCUUCAAACAUGAAGUAAAUCCAAACUAAAUGUUAUAAA